CACGCAAGGGGGACGCUGGAGCAGGUGGAGCGGGCAGGCUGCGCACUCCAAGCACCCCCAGCAGGGGGGAAGGAAGAGGGUCAGGCACGCGGAGGAUUUUAGGACAGCAGGAGGCUGCGUUCUCCUGCAGUCGCAGGCAGCCCGCAGGGAUCUGCCCGUGGGCUCUCCCUUUAUUCAAACGAGCUUUCGCAGGGCUCCUCUGUGAGCAUCAGCCUGCAGAGACAGGCAGCUUCCUUACGGGAGGGAAGCACAGGCACGUCCAGGGCCGACAGCACAGGUGUCAAGGAGAUGGAUCCCAGCCCCGGCGGGCGCAUCCCCAGCUGCACUCCAGCAGGUCUCCAGGGCUGCAGUGCCGGCAGUUGCCGGCAGCCUCAGCACGGCGGUGAGCUCACAAGGGAGCGCUGAUGUCACAGCAGCGGCUCUGAUGUCACAAGCACCCAGGUGCCCCGCAGGCUGUGAAAAGCAAGCGCACUGCCCCUGCUGCUCACUGCGCACAGCGGCGGCAGCGGCGGCAGCGAGGACCACAGACGUGGCACGCGGCGGCAGCAAGCAGCGGCAGCAGUUUGGGGGUGGUGCGAGAGCAGGAGCCAUGGCCCUGAGCCACCACCUCCUCCUCCUCCUCCUCCUCUUCGUGGCCCUCCAAGCCAGGCCUCUCCACGCUGCUCCACUGCGAGCGUGGGGAGCAGAUGGGGGUCACGCAUUGAGGCGUCCUCCAGCUGCUCGGCUGGACGCUGGUGUGGAGCCCUUGGGGCAGCCUGCAGAUGGGAACCUCAAGAGCACUUCUGCAGCUCUUCCCCAGCCUCCUGCUCCUCAGCCACGUGGGCAUCGCAGGGGGCCUCCAACGGGCAAAUACUCAGGUGAAGGAGCAAAGACAUCCUUUGUAGCCUUGAAAAACCUACAGAUAGUGCUGAAGCAACUGGAAGGAGGCCAGGAUGUGGCCAUCAGUGGGAACGCUGACACUCCUGGGCAAGAGCAAUUCAAGGUCGAUGUGCAACAUUUGCAGCACUGGGGAGCACCCUUUCUGCUCACCGUAGUAGGAUCCCCCUUUCUCCUGAUACUUGUAUUGGUAUUGUGCUGUUCUUGCCUGAAGAAAGCCAUGGGGAAAGGCUCUGCAGAUCCAGCACACCAGCUGGAGACAGGAAGCUUCCCCUCCAGCCUGGAGAAUGAGAGGAGCUGCCCUGACACAGCCAAAGUCUCAGUCUGCCCACCGGAGGCAGUAGCAGUGGAGCAUCCUCCGAGCCCACUGGAGACAGGUACCCUGGAGCAUGCAGCCAGCCCACAGGAGACAUCAACUGUGGGGCGUCCACCCAGCCCACAACCCUCCAGCACCUCUACAUCCUCUAUGUCAUCGAGAUCCAUCUUGGUGCCACCAAAUGUGCCCAUCAACACGAUUCAGACGUCCAGGUGGAAAUGGACUCUGCCCGGGAGGAGUCACCGUGCCAAGGAGCCCUUCAAAUCCUAUUUUCUGUGCUGUAAAUAAAGAAACCAAAGUGCUUUUGUCACAUGGGUUGCUGAGGUGCGUCUGGAGGAUUAGCCCAGUGUAAAAGUUUGCUCACAAUGCAGACAGGGGAGUCCUACAAAACUUCAUGGAAUAAAGGCAGAGUCCCUGGGACAGAUCCCUCUGGGGUCUCUCACACUGCUGGAAGCACAGCUUCCCUUUCGUCCUCAAUUCCCAGACACAAAUUUCCCUCUCCCUUUUUCCCCAUGGGCUGAGGUACUCAGGACUUGCAGUCUUCCCCUUACGCCUGCUACAGGUAGCCCCUUCACAUGGAACCCC